CUUUAAGGCAAAUCUUUACAAUUGAAAUUAACCAAUCUGAAUUGAGUAUAAAUACCCUUGCGUCAGGCCAUUAUGAGUUUUCAUUUCAUAUUCACACGGGUUGGUGUGCGAGUAACCAUGUUCGGAACAGCAAAAACAUUCAAAGCGUGCUUAACCAUAUUAAUAAUCUUUCAAUUUUGUGCUAAUGUAUGUCAAAGCAAUCUUACGGUGCUAUCAUCCCCCAGACAAACCAAUUUUGGGGAUUGGGGAGACUUGGAGACGUGUCCAGAUGGGACAUUUGUCAUGGGAUUUCGUCUGAAAACAGAACCAUUUCAAGGUCCAUUGGAUGACACGGGAUUAAACGGCGUUCAGCUUUUAUGUGGAAAAGUUGGGGAAAGUUCGCGAUCAAUCCAAAGCAGGCGAAUACAGAGCCUGGUUGGGAAAUGGGGCAGCUGGGGUUCGUCGUACGAGUGCCCCCGGGGAUACGCCGUAGGAUUUCAAAUUCGAUCCGAAGCGUUUGAAGAAAGAAACGACAACACGGCUGCCAACAAUCUUAGAAUUUAUUGCUCUGGUACGAAAGGUUAUCUGGAGGGGGCUGGGUUGCAAUGGGGAAAUUGGAGCAACAUUCAGCUCUGCCCAUGGAAGUCUGUUAUAUGUGGACUGAGGACUCAAGUCCAGUCUCCACAAGGGCAUAACUCUGAUGAUACAUCCUUAAACAAUGUGGACAUGAAGUGCUGCGAAAUGUUAUGAUUUUACAAUAAUUGUUUUUUAAAUUAUAUUUUUUGUGCCCCUCAGUAUUUUACUAUUUAUAAAAAUAAAUAUUCAUUUGUAAA